ACUACUUCUUGUGACAACAGCGACCUCAGGACAUUCACAUACCGCAAGAUGCCAAGCUGAGCAGCAUGUGGGCACAAUGUUGCAGCUCAGGUGUCUUGUUGGAAGCCUUCUUAUAUUUUAUCUUCUUACAGGUGGACUCCAAUCAAGUUCUAGACCCAUCUCAAAGCGAAUUAAAGAAAACGGGAUGCACCCGACCACAAUAUGGAGAGCCACAUCAAGAGAAUAUGUUAUGUCCAUCAAGGUUAGCCAGACUCCACUUCACAUAACUGUUAAAGUGGGAGAUUCAGUGGAAAUGAUGUGUUCCUGGGAAACUUCACAAACUCUUCCAAGAAUUCAAGUAGAAUGGAAGAAGAACAACAUUUCACAUGUUAUAUCCAAAAAGACUUAUUUAAAUACAACAGUGAUUGAGGUAGUAAACAGGACUACUCUCAAAAUUUUAAACACAUCAGCUACUUUACUCAUCUCCAACACUGAAAGAAGUGAUGUGGGAAAAUACUACUGCAUCCUAAUAUACGAAAUACCAAUUCUAACAAGAGAAUCUGGGAAUGGAACUCAGUUAGACAUUACAGAAGAUGUGGCAAAGAGCAAUACUGCAGAAAGCAGCUACAUCACAACACCUACUGCAGUUUUAUUACUGCUGCUGUUGGUAUUAAUCAUUGUAACCUUGGUGUACCGAAGAAGAAGAAAGCCGACUUCAACAAGGCCAGAACAUGACCAGGCUCUGGACAUUGAGCUAGAGGAAAUUGAAUCACCUUAUGAAGAAGUGAGGGACAAUUCCUUAUCAUCUCGGGGAUCAACACAAUGGGCCACAUCAAUGGUUUAUGAAUCUUUUGAUUAUUUUGCCGUGAAGGACAAAGAAGAUGCAGCCGACAUGCACAAGGAGAGCUAAUACGUUUCUGCUGCCCAGUUCGAUGUUAACUUUACAUGUGACAAUACUACUGGUACAACUGUUUGAAAUCUGCAAGCAAGGAAAAUCAGGAUCAGAAUCGCAUUUAUCAGCCAUGACAGACUUACACAUGAUCGAUCAGUACACACUGCAAUAAAUACAAGACAAAGAAUAUAAACACAUGCAUAUAAAGUGCAAGAUGUGCAAGAAAUGCUGAAAUAAUGAAUUAAGCGUUAGCUAUAUGUAAGAAUAUGUAACACUUUAGUGAGUGCCAAUACUGAGCAAGGACAGCUGAAUUAAUAACUUGUGAGCUUGAUGGCCUCUGGAAAGAAACUGUUCUUAUAUCUGCUUGUUGGUGUAGCUUGGUCUAUAAUGCCUGGCAGAUGGGAGAAGAGCAAAGAGGUUGUGGCCUGAAUGUGAGGGGUUGGUGAUAAUUUUCCCUGUCCGUUUUAUGGUCAGUAAUGUGGGAAAACUGCUGUCAAAGACCUUUUCAGCAGACCUGUCUAUUCGUUGUAGUCUGCUCUUGUCAUGUUUAGUGGCUGUGCCAAACCACACUGUAAUGGAUGAGCUGAGAACAGACUUGAUGAUUGCUUUGUCGAACUGGAACAAAAGUUCCUGUGGUAGAUUGAGUUCCCUCAGCUAUCACAGGAAGUACUGUACAUCGGCUGCUGUGCCUCUGUUUAUGAUGAAUCUCUGUUGGUCUUCCUUCUCAAAUCCUUGGUGAUUAUAGACCCCAGAAGCAUGUUGAGAUACCAGAAACGUGAACUCCUUUAUCCAUUUUUUUUACAGAUCUAGUGCACACAUGCACAGAAGAAGAGGAAUUUUCUGUCAUCCUAAAUGCAUGACUUUAAAGGAAGAAAACAAAUGUACAUGUAAAAGGAGUAAUAAUAAUUAUAAUAUAAAUAUUAGCAGCUGCAAUAUUUCAAGUGUAAAUGUCAUAACCCCUAUAUUUAUAUUUGUAACACUUCAUACUUCUCUAUUCCAUUGUCAUUAUUUUCUCUUUUCCAUUCAUCAAUUUACUGAUCACUCUUUUACAUUUUAAAACAAAGUGCAACAACAAACCGAAUUGUAAUCAAAAUAAAGACAAUCUAGCAAGUCCAAUAAUAUGUUAACUAAGAGAAUUCAAGAGAAAAGCCAAGCAAAAUGACACCUGUGUUUAUACACACUAGGACAAGCAACAACAUUGG